GCGGCGGUGCCGCCAUCAGGAAAGCGGGAGCCCGCCGCCAACCGUCCCUCUGUGACGUCACCACGCCCCAGCGGAGCAGCGGCAGCGGCAGCACGCGCGGCGGGGGCCGCUGUCAAGAAAACGGGAGCGCGCGCGCGCGGGGGUGCGGCGGUACCGCCAUCAGGAAAGCGGGAGCGCGGAGCUGGGAACAGUCAAACAGGAGCUUUACACAUGACCCAAAUCUAGAGCCUGUGGGGAUACCACCCAUUAUUUGCCCAGUAAUGGGUCAACAUAUUUCAAACCAAACUCCAGCAGUCUUUAACAAAUUGCCGGAUCGAAUGAUGAAACAUGCUGCCCUGGUGAGAGAAAGUGGCUUCCUGACAUAUGAGGAGUUUCUCGCCAGAGUGGCAGAACUUAACGAGAUCACCGAAAGACUGACAGCUGGGCAAGAGAAAUGCUUAUUGUUUGAAGUACAACCUGGAUCUGAUUCCUCCGCUCUUUGGAAAGUCAUUGUUAGGAUUGUUAGCUCAAAGAUUAACAAGACGACAGGAAAUAUUGAUGCGUCUAGAAUUCUAAAUCUCUAUCAGUUCACUCAGCUAUAUCGAGAGAUCACUAUGCAGGCAAGUGGAGUUCUUGCCCAAAGCAGCAUCUGUGAAGGGACAGCAGCAAAUGGAUCAUCAUGCCAGGCUAGUCUCUGGCUGGGAAAUAGGAUUAAAGAGAUGACUGACGAGGAAGAAUGUUGUAUCUGUAUGGAUGGUCGAGCUGACCUCAUUCUACCCUGCACGCAUAGUUUCUGUCAGAAAUGUAUUGAUAAAUGGAGCGACCACAACAGGAAUUGUCCUAUUUGUCGAUUGCAAGUGAAGGAAGCUGGCGAUUCUUGGGUUGUAUCUGAUGCACCUACUGAAGAAGACAUAGCAAAUUACAUUCUCAAAGUGGCAGACGAGGCUGGACAGCCCCACAAGCCCUAAGAAUUACCAAGGGUGAUAUACCCUCUGACUGCUGCAGACAGUUUAAAUCUGGCCUUGUACAAAAUCAGCAUUUUUUAAAAACACGAUUUCAGAGCAAUGACGCCACUAUACGUUGGAUUACUUUGAUUUUGUCUUUGCUGAUUGAUCAUGAACUGAAGCAAACUGAAGUCCAAUUGAAAUUCUUAAUUGUGUUCUUGUACACAUAUACCCUAGCAAAAAUUGGCCUGUCAAGUUUGCAUUAUGUUCUUGCCUACAAUAUUGCAUACCUAUUACAGCAUUCUGCCCUAAGUGCAAACACUAAGUGACUGCUUGUGAGACUUCAUGUGAAUUGAAAAACAGUGUUUGUCUGAGAACUUAUACCCAAUAUCUGUGCCUGAGCUGCAUUGUUCACUGCAUGGAAACUUUGGUUAUCUAACCCAGAGAGGUUUGGGAAUAUUAUUUCUAAACUGUUCUUUAUUGAUUUGUGAGUGAGACUUAAAACAUUUGCUUUAUGCUCGUAAUAGCUUGAAAAAAUGUGAAUGUUUUAGAAGGUAAGCUGGUGAUUAAAUUGUGCCUUUUGAUAGAAUGCUGCUAGAUUUUCAACAGGGUAGCUUGUCAAAUAAAUUUGUAUUUUGCAGAUAGUAAUUAAUGAAGAGUGAGUGCACUUUUAAUGAGAUUGACAGAGGAUAAACCAUAACUUGUUUUAAAAAACAGCCUAUUUAAGUUUAGAAUUUAAGGCCACUUCAAGAUCACAUUCUGUACAACUUGAAAGCAACUUGUACUUAAAAAAAACAUGUAUUAAUACUUUAAUUUCAUUUUGCUGCAAAAGAAUGUCUGUCCCCUUUAGCUUAUGCAUGUGGACAACGAUUAAAUGAAAACAAAAACAUUAAUUGUUCAAAGUUUUAAAUAAUCUGCUAGAUCAGCCCAAAUGACUGAACACGUUUGUAUUUGCACACAUUUUUGUUCUCCCCAUCCCUCCAUAAUCGAUUAAUCAAUUUAAUAGAUUCCUUCACUAUGUUAGGAGUUCCUCUUUAUACCUUCCAUUAGAAAAAAAAACUUCAUUUUCAUUUUUAAGAGAGAAUAACUAGACAGAGAGAAUAUCAACACCCAUAUUUAUUGAAAUCUCCAUGUGUACAACUCUAUUUCUGUAUUGAGCCAAAUGAAAUAGCAAACACUCUUGGAGUGAGUUCCUGCAUUAUUAAACUGAUGUAAAUGUGAAAUAUCCAGAUGAUUUGCUGUGCCUAUAUGAUUUAUUGAUUAUCACUGUUUUUAGCUCUGUAGUCAUGUGAUGUUGAUGGCAUUUUGUUUCCAGUGAAUUUGUAAAACUCUUCGCUUCAUGAGUCCACUUUAAAAAGUGCAGCUUAAAAUUAUACUGCCACAUGGAUUGUAGCAACAAAGUGAUAUGUUUCAAUUAUUGCAUGCCUGAAAAGGGUUUUAUCAUUCAUUUGGAACCUUGUGACUCAAAGUAUAUCUCCUUGUUUGUACAGUCUUCUCAUUCACCAUGAUUCAUUUAGAAAUAUCCUUAACUGGAAAUAGAAACAGGAAUUUAAAUUCAUGAAAAUUUUUAUGCCCUUAACAAGACUCCUCAUGUUAAGCAGACAGAGUGUGAAGGUGGUGAUAGUAGCCUGUAUCAAUAAUACUGUAAUUGUACACUGGUGAGGUUCAUGACUAAUGAGUAUUAAGUAAUUGACAAACUGCUUAAUGAAAAUACAAUGAGUAGAAGUGCAGCGAUUUCCCUGGUUUUGCAGGAAGAAAUCAUAACAAUUCCAUGGAGGAAAGCACUGAAUUGAUCUUGAUUUCGUUGGUGAAUUUUUUUCCCCAAUUAGCUUUAAUUGUUCACUUUAAGGUAAAAAGCAUUUAUUUGUUAACAUAAUUAUUACCCAUUCCUGAAGUAGUAUUCUCUUUAUUGUUCUACUGAUCUUAGCCAACAAUGACACUGUGGUAAUUAAAAAUUACUAAACCUAA